AAUCGAUGUUUUUGGCCUCCUCGAGCCCUCGUGGGGGUCCUCUUGAGGACCCCUGGGGCCGCCUUGAUGCCCGCCCCGCCUCCCCCCUUUCGAGGGCGGCCCCGCCCCCGCCACCCCCUCCUCGGCACGCCGAGGCCCGAGCACUCCGCGGCCAGCCCGUGGCAGCUCGUGGGCCGGGAGAAGUCGUCCGUGCGGAGGCGCCUGGCCGACCUGCAGCGGUGGUCCGUUUUCUUCACCUGCUUCGUCGCGGUAUUGUUUUCCUUUUUCUCCGCCCACGACCUGGACUGCUCGAUGAAUUCCCCGAGCUUGUACAAUUAUAUCCACAACUUCACCUACGUGUUCAUCCUCCGCCUGGGCGUCAACAUUCUCACAUUUUGUUGCCGGACGAUCAAGGACUACGAAGACGCUGCUGCGACCAGUGAAGCGAUGUGCCAGGCGGGCGGAGAGAUGCGCAAGUUUUGAGGGGCGUUGGCACCAGGCCCACGGCCAGCAGCUCUGUUUUCCUCCCUC